AUGAAAUCAAACCCUCAUCACUCAGAGAUCAAGAAGAAUACACACGCAUUUAUAAAGCUCGCCAUAAAGACCUUGAAAACGGUAUGCAACGAAGGUCAAAAUGCUGAAGCGUUGUUCAUUUUGGCAUCGUUAUAUUCAAAUAUACCGACCAUAACAGUACCAAAGCCAGAUCUUUUGGACCGUAACCUUGAUAAGGCAUUUGUGCUGUACGUCAAGUCGGGAUCUCUGGGCUAUCCACUAUCUCUUUAUCGAUGUGGAGUCUCGUGUGAAUUUGGUAUUGGAACCCAUCAAGAUGAAGAAAGAGCAUUGGAUUACUAUAAAAGGGCCACGGACUCAGGCUGUAACCAGGCAAUGUUCAAGAUGGCGUUGAUAUACGCUGAUGGGCUCCUGGGUGUACGUCGCUCCGCAACCAAGACUGUCGAAUGGCUUCAACGAGCUGCUGCACAGGCUGAUGUUGAUACUCCACAUUCGCUUUUCGAACUUUGCAAGUUUCUGAGAGAAUUGGACAGAAUUGGAGUGCUCCAGGACGACGAAAAGGCCUUGUACUACUGCAAAGAGGCUGCACGUCUGGUAUAUCCACCAGCACAGUGUAAGCUUGGUUGGUGCUACGAGUACGGAAAGAUGGGGUGCACCAUCGACCCUAAGAAGAGUAUAGGCUGGUACUCAAGAGCUGCUAAGAAUGGGAACGCAGAGGCAGAAAUGGCACUAAGUGGCUGGUAUCUGACCGGUGCAAAGGGCUUGCUCGAGGCUAACGAUAGAGAAGCAUUCCUAUGGGCCUUCAAGAGUGCCGAGAGCGGGUUUGAUAAGGCAGAGUAUGCUCUUGGAUAUUACUACGAGGUUGGUUUAGGCUGUGAGCGUGAUUUGGAGAUGGCCAGGAAGUUUUACCAAAGAGCAGCGUCCCAAGGCCACGAGAAGGCCGUUGAGAAGCUACGUGGAAUGAGGGAUCUCAGAUGA